AUGAGUAUCACGGCCUUGCUUGUUCUCAAGUGCACUCCCGAUACUCCAAACCCAGUUAUCCUCGCUCACGCAUUCGACUUCUCUGGAUUCAACUAUUUCUACCACCCUAACAUCUCAGAGUUCGUUCGCUUCUUCGGUAGUACUGUCGCUGGCCGAACCCUUCCUUCUCAGCGCCAAUCUGUUAAACACAAAGACGAAGUAGUGCAUUCUUACAACAGAAACGGCCUAUGCGCCGUGGGAUUCAUGGACGACCGUUAUCCUGUUCGAAGUGCUUUUUCUCUUCUCGAUCAGGUUCUUGAUGAGUACCAAAAGAUAUUUGGUGAGACAUGGAGGUCAGCAAAAGAAGUCUCUAAGCAGAAGUGGCCAUACUUAGUAGAAGCUUUAGAAAAAUUUAAGGACCCGGCUGAAGCUGAUAAGCUGUUGAAAAUACAGAUGAAGCUGGAUGAGAGCAGUAUUAUAUUUCAUAAAACCAUUGAUGGUCUCCUAGCCCGAGGUGAAAAGCUGGACAGUUUAGUGGAGAAGAGUUCAGAUUUAAACAAGGCAUCAAAGAUGUUUUACAAGCGAGCGAGGAAAACAAACACAUGCUGUACAAUUCUCUGAAGCUGCAAUGCAACUCUUGGAUCUCCCUAUCUGCUAUAUAGAAUAGGGAAAUGUGCAU